AUGUCUCAUCUCUGUCUGUCCCUCUCUCUCUCUUCUGCAUCGCUGGUGCAGACGGGGGUCCCUUCCCUCCCGCUGGUGCGCGAGGAGCCCGGGGCCACGAUGCCAGCCGUGGACCCUGCGGCACGCGAGCAGCAGCUGCAGAGUGAGCUGCUGCAGCUGAAGCAGCAGCACCAGCUUCAGCAGCAGCUGCUGCUCGCAGAUUUCCAGCAGAGGCAGGAACAGCUGGCCCGGCAACACCAGGCUCAGCUCCAUGACUACAUCAAGCAGCAGCAGCAGGUGCUGGCGCUCAAGAAGCAGCAGGAGCUGCUGGCCGUGCAGAGGCGCGAGCGCGAGCGGCUGGAGCAGCAGAAGCGCGAGCUGGAGCUCGAACUGGAGCUCGAGAGCCAGCGGCACGAGCAGCACCUGCAGGUGCUGCGCAACAAGGAGCGUGGGCGAGAGAGUCAGUGCCAUGCCAGCGCUGGGCUGCCGAAGCAGCAGCGAGGUGCAGUGGCAAGCUCCGAGGUGAAGCAGAGGCUACAGGAGUUUGUUCUCAGCAAGAAGCAGAGGGAGGCGGCUGGAGGCUCGAUCUCCGUACCCCUGUCUCAGCAGUACAAACUCUGGAUGCCCCAUUAUGGAUCCUUGGACCAGAAUUCCACGCAACAAAAUAUGUCACCACCCAACUAUCAGCAGUCUCUCGGCACUUAUGACCCAAACAAUGAUUUUCCUCUCCGUAAAACAGCGUCGGAGCCAAACCUCAAACUGCGCUCGCGGCUUAAACAGAAGGUGGCGGAGCGGAGGAGCAGCCCACUGUUGCGCCGGAAGGGGCCCGUGUCUGCUGCCGUAGCUGCUAAGAAGAGGCCACUGGAGAUGGCGGAAUCCCCGCUGAGCGGCAGUGCGCCCGGCUCAAGUCCCAGCUCCCCUGGCAACAGAACGGGCGGCGCCAUCGCCACCGAGAACGGAACAGCAGGGCCCCACCUGCCCUCCCAGCCAGAGCACGCCUUAACCCAGCGUCAAGCAAUGGCACCUGAAGGAGUAGCAUGUCCCCUGAGCCUCUACACUUCUCCCUCGCUGCCCAACAUCUCACUGGGCCUGCCCCUUUCUAUGACCGCUCACAACUCUCAGCUGACGGCAACGAUGGCACUUUCUGCCAAGCAACAGCAGGCAGAGCGAGUGGCAAUGCCGGGGCAGUUUCUCCCGCCGCUGCCCCUCUACCUGGCCGCUCGUGCUGCCAAUGGAGAAGGGCAGCAUCCAGGGCAGGGCCAGGCGCAGGGGCAAGGCGUCAGCCUCAGCCAGAGCUGCAGUCAGCCGAACCUGUUGCAGUCGUCGGCACGCCUGCAGAACAGCUGCUGCUGGGAGCAUGACGUCUGUUUCCGACUACAGCGUGCCCGGCUGCCGCGGCACCGCAGCCUGAGCCGCACUCACUCGGCGCCGCUGCCCACGUGCCCUCAGGCCCUGCAGCAGCUGGUCCUGCAGCAGCAGCACCAGCAGUUCCUGGAACGCCACAAGCAGCAGCUUGGCAAGGGUGGCGAGCAGCAGGCCUGCGUGCCGUGCAGCAGCCCGCCCCGAGGCACCACCGAGACGGCCCAGGCCAGGGAGACCGAGCCCACGGCCAUGCACGAGGAGAGCGGUGGGGCCGGCCGGGGCGACGGCGGCGGGAUCGGGAGGGGCCACGGCGGCCGCCCCGGGGACUUCGCGGGGGGUCAGGUCGUGGUCAAACAGGAGCCCGUUGACGUGGAGCAGGAGGAGGAUGGGGAGGUGGAGGUGGGGCAGCAGCAGCAGCAGGGGAUGGAGGAGGCGGACGAGGAGCGGCGGCAGCAGAUGCAGGUGGCCAAGCAGCAGCAGCUGCUGCUUCUCAAGCAGCACCAGGCGCUGUUGCUGGAGCAGCAGAGGGCCCAGCACCACCAACAGAUGAGGGUUUACCAGGGCCAGGUCGCGUCUGGGGGGCUGCAGUUCCGCCCGCCGUCCCAUCGGCCGCUCUUCCGCACGCAGUCCUCCCCAGCGUGCACGCUCUUCGCGCAGGCCGGCGGCCAGGAGCAGGCGACCACCAAGCUGAGAUUCACCACAGGAGUGGUGUACGACUCCCUCAUGCUCAAGCACCAGUGCUCCUGCGGAAACAACAACAACCACCCCGAGCACGCAGGGAGGAUACAGAGCAUUUGGUCUCGGCUGCAGGAGAGGGGCCUCCUCCGCAAGUGUGAGAGGGUACGUGGUCGAAAAGCAACCCUGGAGGAAAUUGAGAUGGUACAUUCUGAACAGCAUGCUCUACUCUACAGCACUAACCCACUCAACCGACAAAAGCUCGAUAGCAAGAAACUGCUCGGCUCCCUAUCCCAGAAGAUGUUUGGACUGCUCCCUUGUGGCGGCCUCGGGGUGGACAGCGACACGGUUUGGAACGAGCUGCAUUCAGCCAGCGCCGCACGGAUGGCGUCCGGCUGCGUGAGCGAACUCGCAUGCAAGGUGGCCUCGGGGGAGCUCAAGAACGGCUUUGCCGUGGUACGACCCCCGGGUCACCAUGCUGAAGAAUCGGCCGCUAUGGGUUUUUGCUUUUUUAACUCCGUGGCCAUCGCGGCAAAGCUGUUGCAGCAGAAGUUCAACGUGAGGAAGAUUCUCAUCAUCGACUGGGACGUCCACCACGGCAACGGGACGCAGCAGGCGUUCUACGGCGACGCCUCCGUCCUCUACCUCUCCCUGCACCGCUACGACGGAGGGAACUUCUUUCCGGGGAGUGGAGCGUCAGAGGAGGUUGGCACAGGGGCUGGCAUCGGCUUCAAUGUGAACAUCGCUUGGACAGGAGGGCUGGACCCUCCCAUGGGAGAUGCUGAAUACCUCGCAGCCUUCAGGACGGUGGUGCUGCCCAUUGCCAACGAGUUCUCCCCAGACGUGGUGCUGGUCUCGUCAGGUUUUGAUGCGGCAGAGGGGCAUCCACCACCUCUUGGGGGAUACAAGGUUUCAGCAAAGUGUUUUGGCCACUUGACGCGGCAGCUGAUGGGGCUGGCGGGCGGUCGUGUGGUAAUGGCCCUCGAGGGUGGCCAUGACCUGGCGGCUAUCUGUGACGGCUCCGAGUCCUGCAUCUCGGCCCUGCUCGGCAAUGAGCUGGAGCCUCUCUCCAUGGACAUCCUUCAGCAGCAGCCCAACCCUAACGCCGUGGUCUCUCUAGAGAAGGUCAUCGACAUCCAGAGCAAGUACUGGAAGUCAGUGGCCCACUUCGCCUCCAAUGUUGGCCACUCCCUGGUGGAGUCACAGCAGCACGAGGUGGAGGAGACGGAGACCAUCACCGCCCUGGCGUCGCUCUCCAUGGACGUGGCGCAGGCGCGCAGCUUGCAUGCACAGCCCAGGUCAGCCGAGGAGACUAUGGAGCCAAUGGAAGCGGAGCCUGCUGUUUAGAGGUCACGGAGUGAACUUCCCGUGUACCCACGAGAGGGGAAAAACAACACACUCCUUCCCCUUGCUUCCCGCUGCCACCUUCUUUCAGCUUCCCCCUGGUUGCACCUCCCUCUCAUUCAGAUAUACUCAAUAAUCAACAGCCUUUUUUUAUUACAGAGGAUCGGUGAAUAAGAGUAAUCUUUUUUUAUUUUUUUGUAUCGUUUAAAUAAACACCUUAGAAUGUGUCUGUGCUGCUUCUGACUUUUAAAAUGAGGCCCUCCAUCUCUCUUGAGGGGGGGGGGGGGGGGCGGCUGUACAUUCAUUUAGCAUCCUUGCCUGGUGUGAGGACGUUGAGACUGGUGUUAACGCUGCCUUUGAUAAGUACACUUCAGCAUUUAUUUAGCAUCUACUGCCGAGACCGUUUUUUUAUUGUAGUCGAAGGCAGUUGUUUAAAACAGCUUACGGAGUAUGUACUACAGUAUACGUUGUGCAAUCUUAGCUCUUUUUGUAUUUUUUUCUGAACAGAGGUUUUGCUAUCGGUCCAUAGCACAUCGAGUGCAUGUUGUUUUGGCACAAAGAGAGACCUCUUACGGUCUGCCACCUUCAAUGAAAAGUGUCAUCACAAAGCUUUAGCGGAAGGUUCCUUCACCCUGAAUUUUAAAUGUCGCUAUGUUUGCUUAAAUUCUCUAACAUCUUUUUUGCCAUUCAAGGAAUUACGUUUCAUCACCUGUACUCAUAAAAUGUGACAAAGCAGUCGGAUGUGUGGGUAUUUCCCGCACUCAUGCGAGGUAUGGUGUUGUUUUUUUAGAAGGAGACAAUACGCGGCAAACAUUUUAUAAGUGACGGACAACAAUCUUCGACAAUCUAUUGGGCAGUAAGCCAAUCCAAAGGUUGCUGAAUUAAGCCAUCAAUGUCAGUGUCUUGAGUGUUAUUCUGUUGGAAGAUGCAAUCGAACAUGACAUUUAGAUUCAUAUGCCUUGCUUAAAUUGGGUUAAUGAGCUCCAGUAUUAUACAUCUCGUGAAAUGUCGAAUAAAGGGUAAGCCUUCCUCCAAUCGCUUAUUUUUCAAUUGGGAAAUUUGAGAUUCUUUGCACUUUUGUUUUCAUGUACAGAAAACAUAAAUAAAAAAUAUCUUGUCAAGUGCACGGAUAGGUACCGGAAAUCCAUCACUCAGUAAGUUGUUGCUCCAGCACCAUUGAUUUAAGGUUUUAAAUAAAAUGAAAUCAAAACAAAGCUCUCUUCAAGCAACGUUGAAGCAGUAAGACAUGUUUUGCAUAACGGCCUCAUCAACAACAUUUUGUACAUUUGCGGUGCUUUGUAAAAGGAAUCUUGCCAGCAAUGUCCACGCUUUCCUGAGUGACUUAAUUAUUACUUCAGCGAGGGCAGAGGGGUUGGGCCGAUGAUGCAGAGGUGAUGGUGUGGGGCAGUGGGAGUAAGCUGCAUAAACAAUCACAGGGGCACCUUGCAAUCGUGGGGGGUGAGAGGUUUUCAGUUUCCUCUCCGGCCAGAAGAAAGCGGCCCACCACGUGCGUAGACUGUGCAUGUGCCAGCUGCCCGGGACUUCGACAUGGAAGCCUUUUGCAUUGCAGUUUCAUGUUGUCCCCUGAUCAUCUCCGUAGCUGCCUCCUGUGUUUGUAUAUUUCAUUGAUUUCUGGAUAAGAACAAGGUUCUUUUUUUUUCUUUCUGGGUCGUUAACCGCUCACCUCCGUUCAUGCCCCUCUUUAACCCCUUUGGGUGUCUGUAUAUGUUUGACAAGUGAUAUUUUUCCCGAAAUAACACUUUGUUUUGUGCAUAUUUUGUUUGAGAAAUUAUUGUUUGGACGCACAUGUCGUAUUUACAUAUUUGUUUAAUAUAUUUUCUAUAUCGUGUAGUUUUUUUUUAAAGAAGACAAAAUGUGCUUUACGGUGUGUAAAAUAGUGUAUAUUAUUGUUUGACAGAACCGAAAUGUGAAUAUCACGUGACGGCAAGACUGCAUUACAUCAAAACUGUGGGGUCUUUCUUUUAGGUUGGCUUAAAACACUGAAGUGAAAGCAUCUAGGCAUGCCUUGCCUUAAAAAACAAAACUAUUGUACACGUGGUUCGAAAUGCUUGGUAUAAAUGCAGCAUACUGUCAAACAGCUCACUGUUUAAGAAUGCAAUCCCUGUUCAUACUGAAGCUGUCCAUUGACGAACGCAAAUUAGUGAUCUGUGUAAUGUGUAUUCUAACCCUGAUGGAGGCACCUCUCAGUAGCAACACACGAAGCAUUAUCUGCCAACUAUAGAAGUCAAAUAUUAAAAGUGCAAUAAGUAAU